AUGUUUGUAUGCUUCAUUCCGAAGGUUGGUUUGCGCUCGGCGCUCUUCAAUCAAGUCGAGGCUCAAUGCGAGUGCUUCCUCAUUCGCCUUCGAAACAAAGCUUUCCGUUUGGUAAGAGGGCUCACCGACUUCCACGGGGACAACGGCUUCCGAACCAAAGGCAAGAGAAAAAAGGGUUUUCUUCGGUUGACGUUCAAUAGGAUGUCCGAAUGGCCCAUAGUGCUUCUGGGAGCUUCUCCGGCCAAGCACCUUUGGCUUUGUCGAGCUGCCGUUUUAGCAGUUUCUUGA